AUGUAUCUGCGUCUUCCCCUCUUCGUCGCCAUUGCCACGCUUACCAUCGUGGGCGGUGUCACUAUCGACCACGACAAGGUGCAGCCGUUCGCGCAGCCCGCACCCGCCACUGUGUCCGAGAAGGCCGCCGUCAAAUUCAAGCCAAGUCUCCAAAUCAUCGACGGAUGCCACCCGUACCCCGCAGUGAACGCCGCGGGCGAGACGAGUGGGGGAUUGAAGCACACCGGUCCGGUAGACGGGAAAUGCAAGGGUUCAGGACUCGGCUCGCAAGUGUACGGCCGCUCUGGCUGGUACAAGGACCUCUGGGCCAUCAUGUACUCGUGGUAUUUCCCCAAGGACAAACAUCUUGGAUACAAGGGCCAGCGCCACAAGUGGGUUGACGCCGUUGUGUGGCUGGACAACCCUGCGUUCGAGACUCCAAAGGUCCUCGCCAACGUACCACAACGUUGCGAGCAUGGGUCGUGCGGCAAGGCGUUCGCCGAGUUUAUGAACAACACGACUCCCAUGAUUUCGUACAGACCGUUUUACAUGGAGACUUCGUUCCACACGCUGGAAAUGACUUCGACACGGGGUACGGGGGAACUCCAGGACCUCAUUAUGUGGGAGCAGCUGAGUCCAGAAGCGCGUACGGCUCUGAGCGAAACGGACUUCGGUGAAGCUGCCAAGGUCCCGUUCAUUGACGCCAACUUCGAGACCAACCUCGAGUUGGCACGCCCGUAA